AGAUCAAAUGUACAACAGUGAAUAGUUUUUGCACAAGCAAUUUACUAUUGUACAUUUGAUUUGAUUGUGUUGCAGAAUAAAGAGCAGAACAUGAGUUCACAAAGGCACUAACUGCUACAAGAACCUAAACAAUCACAAUCUUCUCAUCCUGUUCUUAUAUUUUAGAUCGACUUCAGGGAGCCAACAAUUGGCUGAUGGGGCCUUCACCCACAAUAUGUACCCUGUUUCCUCCAAGUUCCCAUUAAGUCCAGUAAAACCAGUGCUUAUAUGAAGGAAGGAUUUAAUAAUUUGUGUAGCGCUGCAACUAACAAUUAUUUUUAUUAUCCAUAAAUUUGCUGACCAUUUUCAGAAUUAAACUUUGAAAUGUCAUAAAAUAGUGAAGAAUUGUUCAUCACAUUUCUCCCAGAGAUACUCAAGUAAGCAGGAAAAUACUGACAUUGGAGAAGCUGGAAAUCAAAAACCUGUCGAUUCAUUUUCCAGUAUUUAUUAAUUUUCUUCUAAUUGUGUGCUCUUAUUUCUAGUCAGUUCUCUGACACACUGGUUAACAGAGAGUUGAGAAUUUGUUAAAUACGUAUUUUGUUUGAACUUUAGCAGCUGCAUUUGUUUUAGGUGGUCCUCACUUUUACACCUGCUCAAGAUCAAUUUAUGAGUCCUCUCUGAGCCUAGCUUUGGGAUCAAUGAUUAGCAAUAAGUCCUAUCUUACCCUGGCUUUAUUUUUUUUUUAAAUGGUAAAAGCUGUCAUUGACCAGUGCAGUAGCAGCACUCACCACCAGAGGGCAGCGAACAUCACAGUCAGCUAUGUUCAGUUUUGACCAGCAGGGUGGAAAUGUUUGGAUCCAUCUCCCUCUCUCUUUCCUCUCUCGACCACCCCCCACUUUCCUCCAGCUGCUCUUCUCAUCACUGAGUCUGGACUCAGCAGCUCAGAAGCUGCAGAUGCCCACCAACACCUGUCUCGUCUGUUCACCUGUCUGUCCUUCAGCUGCGACAUGAAGAAGAGGCAAAGAUUCUGGUUUCUGCUCUGGAUGUGUGUUUGCUGUGUUGGUCCGACGUGUUGCUGGCACGACCUGGACAACAGCGAGUACGACUGCUGGCCUCUGGACAAACCCAAUGAAUACAACAUGAUCGACUGUGGAGGUCUGGAGAUGGCCUGGGUGGUCCGUCCUCCAGAGACAGUGAAGGUCGGUGAAGUGUUCAGUGUCACGUACUCGGUAACUGCUCAGGAUGCUUUCUACCACUGGGCCAUUGAAAAACACAUCUUCACAAACAGCUCCAUAGUAAACGCUGAAGCAGCUCGGAGAUUUUGUGAACAUCACGACUGUCCCGCCAACUGGAAAGAUGCUGACGGAGAAAACUGCUGCAUUCAUCACGCUAACAUCCACUCGUGUCCAAUGGUACACAUGACAUCAGAGAGCAUCUGUGGUCCCUGGAUUCCUGACGACGGAAAAAUAUUUACUCACACUAUCUCAACCUCUGGCAAGAUGACACAGAUCAACUGGACUGCCAAGGUGGUUCUGAUCCAUCCUGGCUUAACCUCGCUCAUCGCUCACAUACGAGUCGGCCGCAUGCAGGUUGCUCUUGAGGCCAAAAGCACCGUGCAUCCUGCUGUAGUAUGUGGUGAUGAUGUCUGUGAGGAGGCAGAGCUUUGUUCCACCUGUCCAGCCGACUGUGGUGAAUGCCCUAUGACCCCGGCUACCAAGAUGGCCAUCAGCCUGCCACUGAGCCUGCUCUGCCUCUGCUUCAUACUGUCUGCUUUGUGGCUGAGGUACCACAAACAGAAGCUGUUGUGGGACGAGAGCUGGAUCAUCGACUUCACUACAAUAAAACAAGAUCAGGAAGCUCAUAUGACCAUGGGCAGUCUAAUGAGCGCACCAGUGGGGAACAGCGACAGUAACACCAGCUGCAUGACUGCUCUCAGCUCCUAUAUACAACCAGGGACCCGAAAAACAAUGUUCACCUGCACUGGGAUAUACGAUGGUAGGACGGUGGCCAUCAAGAUGAUUCAAACAAAGACUUUCUCUCUGUCCAAAACCAUAAGACAGGAGGUCAAACAAGUCAGGGAGCUCGAUCACCCCAACCUGUGUAAGUUUAUUGGCGGGUGUGUUGAGGUGCCUAAUGUUGCCAUAGUGACAGAGUACUGCCCAAAAGGAAGCAUAAACGAUGUUCUUCUUAACGAGGAGAUCCCGCUUAACUGGGGCUUCAGGUUUUCCUUUGCUACAGACAUCGCCAGAGGGAUGUCAUACCUCCACCAACACAAGAUCUGUCUCGGCCGACUCAAGUCUCUAAACUGUGUCUUAGACGACCGCUGGGUCUGCAAAAUAACAG